CUGAGAACUAAAGGAAUAAAACAGAGAAUACAACACAGCUCAGAGUGCUGAGUUUGUCUGUUUCUCAGUGAUAACAGGAUGUAGUCCCAGAUGUACAGAGGACUUUUUAAAUUCAGGCUAGUUAAGAUUCUUAGAGUUAGUGGAAGUUCAUAAAGAUUAUUUAGAUUCUAUUAUUAGAUGUCACAUGAUCUCCUUUUAAUCUUGUAUCUGUAAGUCAUAAAAAUUACAUAACCAAAUACGUCACACUCAUCAUUUGUCUCUUUGUCGGCCUGUUGUGUUUUUGUAAUUAUUUUAUUGUUAAUCAGUGAUGAUAAUAAAUCAUUUUGCAUAUCUAGGAUUACUUCUGUUGAUUAAUCCAAGUUUCUUCUAAAUAGAAAUCCCUUCAUGGAGAUCAUAUUUGCUCUUAUUUACAAUGAACACGUGUUGACCUGAUUUACUGUCAGUUAACAAUCAUUGACAGUUACUUGUUGUUUUCCUUGUAGUCUGUCUUGAAGUCAUAAAGAUUAUAUUAGUCACUGAUUUACUAGAAUUACUUUAUGCCCUCAGUUAUCAUAGGGUUACUGAAUCUAAUGAUACAGUGACCUCCCCUUUGUACUGUGUAAUAUAAAAGUCAGUCAGGUCUGCAGAUGACACAGAUACUGUUGAGUUUUCACUGACAGAAUGGAGAUCAUGGUGUUUUUCUCGCUGUUGCUUCUGGUCUGCUCUGUUUCCACCAAUCAGACAGAGGCAGAUAAUGAAAUUCUUGACCAGCAGAUUUCAAACCAACAAGCCUUUUCACAGGACAUCCAUGCUGUGCUCAGAGAGCUGACCGCCUCAGUGGCUGUACAGAAAGUGGAAAUCAGGACGUUAAAACAAGAAAAUCAAGACCAAGAAGCAAAGCUGGAGAGACAGAAGACUGAGACUGACCAGCUGAAGCUGCAGUCAAAAGAACAAGAAGCAAAGCUGGAGAGUCAGAAGACUGAGAUCGACCAGCUGAAGCUGGAGUCAGAAGAACAAGUAGCAAAGCUGGAGACUGAGAUCGACAAACUAAAGCAGGAACUACAAGUCAAACAGGUGGCUUUCUCAGCCUCUCUGGUGGAACAAGGCAGCAGAGAAACUGGACCCUUUAACACUCAGAUUACUCUGAUCUUCAAACGUGUUGUCACAAAUAUUGGAAAUGCCUACAACAAACACACAGGUAUUUUCACUGCACCAGUGAGAGGAGUCUACCACUUUGACUGGAGUGUACAUGGAUAUGGAAACAUUCCUGUAGGUGGUGUGUUGUUCAGGAAUGGAGAGCACAUUUUUGUUGCAUAUGAAAGUCAAACAUCUGGUAGUGUGACCGCCUCUAAUGGAGCCUCACUCCUUCUAGAGGUUGGAGAUCAGGUGUCUGUGCGUCUCUGGGAGGGUGCAAGGAUAUAUGACAAUCACAAUCAUCUUACCACCUUUAGUGGUCAUCUGAUUUUCACCUUGUGAGAGAUGUGACAGCUCCAACACUUCCUGUUUGGACGGAGCUUAGCCGUUUUUAGAAGUAAAACAGGAAGUGAAUCACCUGCUGGAAUCAGUUUCUUCCCCCCUCAAUUUCUUUCUCUUUAGUUUAAUAUAAAAAUGCUGUGGAGGAAUUUCUAGAAGCUGAAAUGUUUCCUUUUUUUUCAUUUGUUCCUGAAUCCAAAUCCAGACACAGAUAACUGACUGUAAACUUACUCGGGUUCAUUUCUUUCAAUUCUUUAGUUUCAAAAUAAAAGCAUCGUUGAACAAAAGCUGUUGAUUUCUUUAUAUGUGUUUCAUACA